AUGGCUGCACCGUUCAAGGUCAAGGCCCUUUACGAGUACUCGUCCCCUCAUGAGGACGACCUGAACUUUGGUGUUGGGCAGAUCAUCACUGUCACCGAUGAGGAGGACGACGACUGGUAUGGCGGGGAAUACCUCGACGACCAUGGCGUGAAGCAAGAAGGCAUCUUCCCUCGCAACUUUGUCGAAAAGUUCGAGCCUACCGCGCCGCCUCGUCCUACUCGUACUCGUCACAAGAAGGAGCCCGAACCAGCCCAGCCCGCCGAAGAUAUCGCUGCUCCUCCCCCACCGCCACCUGCGCAACAAGCGCCGCCUCCAGCACCCGUCCCCGAGCCCGAGCCCGAGAUCGAAGAGGUUCACGAGCCCGUUCACAAGUCUGCUUCUCCCGAGCCUCCUGCCCCGGCUGUCCCGGAGCCUGCACCACCAAAGCCCGUUGAGCCCGUCUCUGCACCAGCUCCCCCGCCCGCAGCUCCCAAAGUUACUGAGCCUCCAGCCCCCGCUCCAGCUCCUGCUCCAGCUGCCGCAGCUCCUCCUCCAAAGCCCAAGCCCGGUCCGCCUCCCGUGUCGGAGAAGCCAAAAAGCAGCUCGUUCAAGGAUCGCAUUGCGGCCUUUAAUAAACCCGCAGCGCCUCCCAUCGCGCCGUUCAAGCCCAGCGGCCUCGGCGGCUCGGGGUCGGGCUUUGUUAGAAAGCCGUUCGUUGCCCCUCCUCCGAGCAGGCAUGCCUACGUGCCUCCCCCGCAGCAAACUCCGACUGCAAAGGUCUACCGGCGAGAUGAGGAUCCUGAAAUCAAAGAGAGGGAAGCUGAGACCCAGGGACAAGCCGAGAGGGCCGGCCUUGUGCCGUCUGAGAGCCAGGAGGGUGGUAAUGAGGAUCAACCCAAGCCUACUAGCCUAAAAGAGCGCAUUGCUCUUCUACAAAAGCAGCAGAUGGAACAGGCACAGCGACAUGCCGAUGCUGCUGCCAAGAAGGAGAAGCCCAAAAAGCCUCAAAAGAAGCGCGAGAGUAUUGGACAUGCCGAAGCCCUUGGCGAAGCGGAGGAGGCACCACAGCAACCUCCUGUUCCUCUUGAGCGCAGAGAUACCGAGGAUUCAGGUGUCAGGACAUCUAUAGAUGAACCCCGGCCGAACCGCAUGCCACCUGCCCCGCGCCGCAGGUCGUCUAAGGGACCCGCGGAACCCAUACAUGAUGGUAAUGAGGCGGAUAUGUCUGGAGCCGGUGACACAACCGAGGGCAACGAUGACUUGACGGAGCGCGACGAUAGUGAUGGUGUGUCUCGACGUGCCUCGAGGGCGCCUACUUUGCCCGUACAUACCGGCCCUCCCCCCGAGGCGCCGAAGAAGGAAGAGAGCGAUAACGAGGAGGAAGAGGAGGAAGAAGAAGAGGACGUUGACCCCGAGGUCAAGCGCAAGGAAGAAUUGAGGGCGAGGAUGGCCAAGAUGAGCGGUGGUAUGGGUUUCCACGGCAUGUUCGGUGCGCCCAUGCCCGCACCCGCUCCUCCUCCCAAGAAGAAGAAGGCACCCAAGCCAGAGCGAACAUCUAUCGAUGAGGGCGUAGAGGAAGCAUCGCCUGUGUCUUAUGCUGCUCCGCCCAUCCCUACUAUGAUGGCCCUCCCAGGAAUGGGAGGCCCUAGGAAGUCAGAGGAGUUGACUCGCCCUGAGGAGGAGCCCGAACCAGCCGCUCGAGCACCACCACCACCCGUGCCAUCUCUGCCACCUCGAGUGGAGGAGAAGGAAGACGAUACGGAUGAAGAGGGCGAGACUACUCCUGCUCCCCCUUCAGCCCCUACAAUUCCCCCACGGGAUCCCGCAGGACCACCCCCUAUUCCUGGCGGCCGACCAGCACCGCCUCCUGUGCCGUCUGACGCUCGACCUCCCCCACCUCCUCCCCCUUCAGACUUGAAGUCUCAAACUGAAGGCUCCGAGUCUGGUGAUGAGCUUUCUGGAGGCGGCCGAGAGAGCGAGAGGGAAAUGCCUGCGCUUACUGCACGAUCUCCUCCUAUGCCGCCGAUGCCGGUUCAACCCCCUGUUCUACCCGUACGAUCUCCCUCUAUUUCCCACGAUCCCGAAGAGUUUAGCCCUGCAUCUCCUAGUUCUACGGCCAACAAGCGACUAAGCCGGCCGCCGCCUCCUAUUCCUGGAUCUGCACCAGCUCUCCCCUCGCAGAGCCGACCUCCUCCUCCACCUCCCCCAGGAGCGCUUCGAAGACAGUCAACCCAAGAUACUCAAACGCCAACCCCAACGAGACCGCCCCAGGCCGGUGAGGAAGGAGACGAAGAGGUUACCGAGUAUGAGGGUGAUUACGAUACAGAUAUUGCCUCCUCGGUCCCUCACAAGGAUGCCUUGAAGGCCCACGCUCGCGAUUCUAGCCUGGAAGAUAACACCCUUCAGUCUCCUGUCGCUGAAGCUCCCUCUAACGUACCACCUCCUAUUCCGACCGCCGCAGCCCCCAGGGCUGUCCCUCCUCCGGUCCCUUCACAGCCGCCCCCGGAGAAUAAGCGCCGAUCUGUCGAUGUGCCACGCGCUGCUCCUCCGCCUCCGCCUCCAACCCACAUAGUUCCUCCUCAGCCUCCUCCUCAUGAGGAAGAGUAUGACCCCUAUAAUUAUUCAGGUACUCCUGGUGGACAUGCCUACGCUCCUCGAACUCCCAAGAUCGAGGAGGAGGCCGUCUUUCCUGGAUCCCCAUCUGUUUCUUCUCCUAUUGAUCGACGAGCCCCUCCGCCAUCUAUACCUUCCGGCCGAGUCUCUGGCCGAGCAUCCCUGGAUGUAUCAAGAGCAGGUGCCGGAGUCAGACGUUCCAUGGAUCUCCACCGACCAUCAAUGUCAAUGGAGUCUGGUUUUAUCGCUAACGACAUCGACCUGGCUAUCCAGAGCGGCUGGUGGAAGCAGGCCAACCAGGUGCCCCCUGUUCUCCAAGGCCGCAAGGACAUCUUCUUUGAAAGCGAGGAGUCUACCUCAACCAACGGUGGACAAAAGACGACCAUCACUCGCGAGAUCUUUAUCCUAUACCAAGACUACUCACAGACCUUUUUGACCAUCCGUUACGAUCCCUACGACCCGUCUGACGUUGAGCUCGACCAGCGUCAAGAACCCCCGCCUCGCCCUCUUCGACAAGACCAGAUGGAAGAGUUCUAUGAACGAUUCGGUCGUCCCAUUUCUGAGGCUGUGGCCGCCAAGAAGGACUCUGUCGUCGCGGAUGGCACGCCUCAAGGCCUCGUGCUAGAACUCCUGAAGCCCUACAAGGACCACCUUCCCCCUGUGGGCACCCGCGCAUACGGCGCCCUCGUCUACUCCAACAUGGCCAACGCAUCUACGCAACAAAACGAUGUGAUCCGCCCCGGCGACAUUCUCACCAUCCGCAACGCGCGCUUCCAGGGCAAGCAUGGUCCCAUGCACGCGAAGUACUCUGUCGAGGUUGGCAAACCCGAUCACGUUGCCAUCGUGGCCGAGUGGGACGGCACCAAGAAGAAGGUGCGUGCCUGGGAGCAGGGCCGCGAGAGCAAAAAGGUCAAGGUUGAGAGCUUCAAGCUCGACGACCUGCGCAGCGGCGAGGUCAAGAUCUGGCGCGUCAUGCCCCGCAGCUGGGUUGGCUGGAGCAGCCAGCCCUAG